AUGCGUAGUGCAGAUGGCGGUACCAGUGUCGGUGAUGCUAGCAGCGAAAUGCCUGAAGAUGAUGGAAGCAACAGCAACAGCAGCAGCAGCAAAUCAAUCGGAGCUCCUAUCAGAGAAGCCAAGGAGAUCCAGAUCCAGAGCCUGUUCAUCCAUCACAGACUCAGCCCGGAAUCCACUAUCGCCAAACUCAAAUGCACGGUGUCCGGGCGCCGCCUGCUAGACGAUUUGCACAUACAACACGAAUGCAUUCCAGAGGAGACAUGCAGCCUCCCGGAGAUGUGGCGUCACAAGCUCUGCGUUCCUCCACUCCCGCGCAACAAGGGCACGCAGACACAUGAAGGCAGACGAAAGGCGCGGGCUCAGGCCCUCGAACACAAAUACGCAUCCAAGCAGGGUGUAUACUACGUUGAUGUGGCAGAGCCGUCGCCCACUGGAUUCUACAUGGCCGUCGUAGUUAAACAGGACCAACAAGUUAAUGUGCUCUCCUAUCGAGGUUUCAACUUCGCGCAGGCCGAGGAGGUAGCUAUAGCGCUUGCAGCCUCGGACCCGAAUUCGAAGGCUAUGGUCGCCGUCAGCAUGUCACUGGCACUCGUGUGCUACGCUCUUGCGUGGCCGCAGGCGGCCCAAUCCCUGGCUCUGCACAAGACAAAGCGGACGACCACCCAGCCAUCGCUCGCAACAAGAUCCGCUUUCGCGAUGACUGGCACACCUCUCGUCAACACCACCGUUCCGGAAGACGAGCCGCACACAAGGAAACCACUGAAGGACCCGCGUACAGCAAGCGGCCACAAAUCUUUGGGUGCGCCCGGUUCCGUACCGAGGGCAUCCAUCGAAAGUGGCAGCAACGAAAGUGAACCACUGCGAGGGCCCUGGAGCGGCAGCGGCGAGAGUUCUUGGCAUGUCUCCGGCUCCGGUCAGAGUGGCUCAGGCUGGUCGAGUUCAGCUAAUGAUACCGCUGGAAGCGGAUCUGGCUGGGGCUGGGGUUCCAGCGGCGACGGUGACACCAAGAACAAGGACACGGAAGACCCAGUGGCUGGCGUGGUGGAAGCGGCCAGGGCUUCGGACAAGGCGGUGGAUGGAAAGGCGGUAACGGCCAAGGAAUCGGCUGGGGCUCCGGCCAAAGCGGCGGCUCUGGAUGUUGCGGCGGCUUUGGCGGUGGACAAGGUUCCGGACAAGGUGGCGGCUUUGGCGGCGGACAAGGUUCCGGACAAGGUGGCGGCUUUGGCGGCGGACAAGGUUCCGGACAAGGUGGCGGCUUUGGCGGCGGACAAGGUUCCGGACAAGGUGGCGGCUUUGGCGGCGGACAAGGUUCCGGACAAGGUGGCGGCUUUGGCGGCGGACAAGGUUCCGGACAAGGUGGCGGCUUUGGCGGCGGACAAGGUUCCGGACAAGGUGGGGGCUUUGGCGGCGGACAAGGUUCCGGACAAGGUGGGGGCUUUGGCGGCGGUCAAGGUACCGGAUGGGGAGCUGGCCAAGGCUCUGGCCAAGGCUCUGGACAAGGCGGCGGUCAAGGUAGCGGUCAAGGUACCGGAUGGGGAGCUGGCCAAGGUGGCGGCUUUGGCGGCGGACAAGGUUCCGGACAAGGUGGGGGCUUUGGCGGCGGACAAGGUUCCGGACAAGGUGGGGGCUUUGGCGGCGGUCAAGGUACCGGAUGGGGAGCUGGCCAAGGCUCUGGACAAGGCGGCGGUCAAGGUAGCGGUCAAGGUACCGGAUGGGGAGCUGGCCAAGGCGGCGGCUUUGGCGGCGGACAAGGUAGCGGUCAAGGUACCGGAUGGGGAGGUGGCCAAGGCUCUGGACAAGGUGGCGGUCAAGGUUCCGGCUGGGGAGCUGGCAGUGGUCAAGGCUCUGGACAAGGUGGCGGUCAAGGUUCCGGCUGGGGAGCUGGCAGUGGUCAAGGCUCUGGACAAGGUGGCGGUCAUGGUUCCGGCUGGGGAGCUGGCAGCGGUCAAGGUUCCGGCUGGGGAGCUGGCAGCGGUCAAGGCUCUGGACAAGGUGGCGGUCAAGGUUCCGGCUGGGGAGCUGGCAGUGGUCAAGGCUCGGGACAAGGUGGUGGCCAAGGUAGCGGUCAAGGUUCCGGCUGGGGAGCUGGCAGUGGUCAAGGAUCUGGCUCUGGACAAAGUGGUGGCUGGGGUAGAUGAGGUGGUAACAGCUACGAAGGACGUCAUGGCCUCGACACGCGGAAACGCCAGAUCAACUUGCGGAAAUCCGGCUGGGAAGUUUCAUCUGUCCGGCUCGGCUAUGCCGUCGCGCACCUCACCGCAAUCGGUACUAUACGUCAUGUCGCUGCGCUCUGCUCCAGACCCUACCUGCCGAAUGGUAUGCGACCCUUUGAUGGCAGCUGGCACGCCAUUACAACAUUCGACGGCUAUGGCGUCCCUCUUUUACAGUUCUGCAAUAAGCACUUUGUGUCACCUUUCUUUUUAAACGCGUGAAGUUGAACUUCUUGUGUGCCUACAGUGCUGCUUUUAAAUACAAUGGACAUGUACUACGCAUUCGACGAGAACUACAGAAAUAAAAUGUGGUACAUAUGACAGCAA